UUGGCGAGGGAUAGGAGAAGCACAACUACCAUUCUACAGUCUAUCCUUAUGGUUUAUACACCAGUAAAUCUCUAUUGGCGAGGGAUAGGAGAAGCACAACUACCAUUCUACAGUCUAUCCUUAUGGUUUAUACACCAGUAAAUCUCUGCAUUGGCGAGUGGCUUUAGGACUUCCGUGUCAUUACACAAACAGACGAUACCUCCUUCUAUUGAACUAACAGCCGCUGUUAAACCACCCAGCUACUUCCUGACGUCUGCGAUUCAGACCGGAAAACCAAAUAUAACUCCGGGUUUUAACUCCUUUAAAAACAAAUAACCACCAUGGAAUCAACAUCUAACAACUACGAGCGGAACUGUGUUCUGUGUUGUCAGGAGCUCGACAUCUUCGCCCUGGGGAAAUGCGACCACCCGGUGUGUUACCGCUGCUCGACCAAAAUGAGGGUGCUGUGCGACCAGAAGUACUGCGCCGUGUGCCGGGAGCAGCUCGACAAGGUGCUGUUUGUGCAGAAGUUGGUGGCGUUCUCCUCUCAGCCCCUCCAGACGCUGCAGGUGGAAAGGAAACAUGACAUCUACUUUACAGACUCCAAGAUAUACGCUCAGUUCAGGACACUGCUGCAGUCUGAGUGUCCUGUGUGUCCAGAGUCUAAAGUAUUCUCUAAGUUUGAGGAGUUGGAGCAGCACAUGAGGAAACAGCAUGAACUCUUCUGUUGCAAACUCUGUACCAAACACCUGCAGAUCUUCUCCCAUGAGAGGAAGUGGUAUAACCGGAAGGAUUUGGCACGUCACCGUACCCAUGGUGACCCAGAUGACACGUCUCACCGCGGACACCCGCUCUGCAAGUUCUGUGAUGACCGUUACCUUGACAACGACGAGCUGCUGAAACACCUCCGUAGAGACCAUUACUUCUGUCACUUCUGUGAUGCUGACGGAGCCCAGGAGUACUACAGUGACUACCAGUACCUGAGCGAACACUUCCGGGAGGCCCACUACCUGUGUGAGGAGGGGCGCUGUGCUACGGAGCAGUUCACCCACGCCUUCAGGAGCCAGAUCGACUACAAAGCCCACAAGGCCUCAGCACACAGCAAGAACCGAGCCGAAGCACGACAGAACCGACACAUAGACCUGCAGUUCAGCUAUGCCCCUCGCCAGACCCGACGCAACGAUGGAGGCAUGGUGUCUGGAGAGGACUAUGAGGAGGCGAGGUCGGGUCGGGGGGGAAGAGGAAGGAGCCAAGGGAACCAACCGAACACCAGAGGUAGCUGGAGAUACAACCGUGAGGAGGAGGACAGGGAGUUGGCAGUAGCAGUCAGAGCCUCUUUGAUGCAGCAGAGGAGACAGGAGGACGGAGGACGAGACACCCAGGACAGGAGCGGAGCGCCCAAACACCGCAAAGAGGAGCGGAUGGAGAGGCCCGAGCGGAUGGAGAGGCCCGAGCGGAUGGAGAGGCCCGAGCGGAUGGAGAGGCCCGAGCGGAUGGAGAGGCCCGAGCGGAUGGAGAGGCCCGAGCGGAUGGAGAGGCCCGAGCGGAUGGAGAGGCCCGAGCGGAUGGAGAGGCCCGAGCGGAUGGAGAGGCCCGAGCGGAUGGAGAGGCCCGAGCGGAUGGAGAGGCCCGAGCGGAUGGAGAGGCCCGAGCGGAUGGAGAGGCCCGAGCGGAUGGAGACUGAGGAGAGACACAGGAGUGUUCCUGUCAAACCUCCAGCAGAAGCUCCCCCAGUGAGGACCAUGAAGAGUAACCCUCUGACAGGAGACGACUUCCCAGCUCUCCUGGGGGCUGCAGCACCCACACUGAGUGUAAAGACCCCCCCAGCCCUGAAGACUCCAGCCCAGGUCCCUCUGAAGGAGGAUGACUUCCCCAGUCUAUCUGCUGCCAUGGUUAUGACCCCCAUGACCCCCGCCUACUCCGCCCAACCCAGGAAGCACUCCUCCUUCCAAGAAGAAGACUUCCCCGCCCUGGUCUCUAAGAUCCGCCCUCCCAGACCAGCGGGCGGAGCUACCUCAGCCUGGAGCCAAGCCAGCAGCAGCAGCAGCAGCAACACCUCCAAGACGGUCAUCCUUCCCUCCUCUUCCUCUAGACCUCCCCCUAACAACCCUCCUCUCCCCCUCCCCGCCGGCCCCCAGCUCCUCUCCUCCUCCUCUUCCUCUCGGAGGAAAAAGCACCCCGUCCGCCGCCCCUCCCCCCCAUCUGAUGAUGACAAUUGCGUUGCCAAGACGAUGCAGGAGCACCGAGCAGUUCCAACCAUGUUGGAUAUCUCCUCUCUUCUCAUCGUCAAAGGACCCUCUAAAUCUGCCCCUACUGCCUCUAAGCCCCUCCAAUUGACAGCUAAACCCCUCCCACCAACCGCCAAGUCUCCCCCACUGACAGCUAAGCCCCUCCCACCGACCUCUAAGCCCUCCCCUGUGACAUCUAACCCCACUCCUAUUCCCGCCCCAAGCCCCACGUCCAAGACAGCCAAGAAGAAGAAACAGGCCACGCCCCCUCCAUCAUCAUUUGGGAACCAAGUUCCUGUCCUCAUGGAAACGGUCUCCAGGGUACAGAAGGAGAACGUUCCGGAGAGCCACGCCUCCAAACCACUGGUUGCUAUGACGACGGCAGCAGUUAAAACCGCUGUAAAAUCAAAGGUCAAAGCAAGUGGAUUGGCUAACGGCCACCUGGAUAAACCAGUCACAGUGGCCCCACUCCCUAAAGCCCAGCCGGAACCCCCCCUGGAGGUAGAGGAGGAGUUCCCUGCCCUCAUCUCCAAGAAACCCCCCCCAGGCUUUAAAAGUUCCUUCGUCCUGAAGAGUUCUGCCCCCCCCAGAAACCUGUCCCCCCCUCCCCCCGGCCAGGGCAGCACCACCCCUCCCAGUAAGCCCCCCCCAGGGUUUACCGGCAUCCCCCUCAACAGCAACGUGGUGGAGCCUGCCCCCCCUGCAUCCAGCCCCCGCUCUCCCCAGUCCCCGGGGGUGUACCUGGCUCCAGAGAACUUCCAGCAGAGGAACAUGGAACUGAUCCAGUCCAUUAAGAACCUCCUGCAGAACGACCAGUCACGAUUCAACCAGUUCAAGGACUACUCUGGACAGUUUAGACAGGGUCUGAUGUCAGCCGUGCUGUACCACCAGAGCUGUAGGACUCUGUUAGGGGACAACUUUGGCGGUGUCUUCAAUGAGCUGCUGGUGCUACUUCCUGACACGAGGAAACAGCAGGAGCUGCUGACGGCCCACGCAGACAACCGGGCCAUGGAAAGACAGGGGGGGGGCGGGACCAGGAAGAACAGGAAGAGUGCCUGGCAGACCCCCUCCAGCGCCAUCUCUAAUGCAGCCGCGCUGGACUGCCAGGUAUGCCCCACCUGCUGCCAGGUGCUGGACCCUAAAGACUUCAACUCCCAUAAGACCUUGCACCUGGGGGACAACGAGGACUUCCCCUCCCUGCAGGACAUCAGCCGCAUCAUCAGCUAGCCCUGGCCUGGGACAGACAUGCACACUGCCCAAUCACAGCCCUGCCUGUUGCCAUUCAGGGGGAGCCUGUUUCCAUGGUGACCAUGGCCAGAGAGGACGUUGGGUAGUGUAUUUGAUGGCAAGGCUGGGGCCAGCAGGAGGUUGAACUGAAUUCUGGUUGCCAGAUGUUGACCUGAUUCCCGGUGUGAUUCCGGCUGGACCUGGACCCAGCCUGGCGACCCGAACCUGGAGGGCCCUACAAGUACCACAUGUUGUGUAUUAAUAAGAAGAAUGGUUCUAUAUAUUUGAUUUUUCUCCCCUCUCUCUUCUGAUCACAUUUCCAUUAUGUUGAUAAAGUGUUGAAGGAGUGACGCGUUGGUUCUUUUAUCAGGUUUGAUGACUGAGGAGAGUUUAUUAAGUCAGACCCUCUACUACUCCCUCGGAGACAGUCAGACCAUCUACUACUCCCUCGGAGACAGUCAGACCCUCUACUACUCCUCGGAGACAGUCAGACCCUCUACUACUCCCUCGGAGACAGUCAGACCCUCUACUACUCCCUCGGAGACAGUCAGACCCUCUACUACUCCCUCGGAGACAGUCAGACCCUCUACUACUCCCUCGGAGACAGUCAGACCCUCUACUACUCCCUCGGAGACAGUCAGACCCUCUACUACUCCCUCGGAGACAGUCAGACCCUCUACUACUCCCUCGGAGACAGUCAGACCCUCUACUACUCCCUCGGAGACAGUCAGACCCUCUACUACUCCCUCGGAGACAGUCAGACCCUCUACUACUCCCUCGGAGACAGUCAGACCCUCUACUACUCCCUCGGAGACAGUCAGACCCUCUACUACUCCCUCGGAGACAGUCAGACCCUCUACUACUCCCUCGGAGACAGUCAGACCCUCUACUACUCCCUCGGAGACAGUCAGACCCUCUACUACUCCCUCGGAGACAGUCAGACCCUCUACUACUCCCUCGGAGACAGUCAGACCCUCUACUACUCCCUCGGAGACAGUCAGACCCUCUACUACUCCCUCGGAGACAGUCAGACCCUCUACUACUCCCUCAGGGUGGUAAAGUAACCUUGUUAAAAGGUAGAGGUUCUCUCAGGGCUGUGGAAGGUAAUCAGAUAGUUGAAGUCUGGAGGGAGUCGGACUGUUUCUCUUGUUUCUCUUCUGUCUCUCUCUCUCUCAACCAGUCUGUAAACCCACAACCAGUCUGUAAACCCACAACCAGUCUGUAAACCCACAUCAUAUAAAACCAGAAUAUUUCUGUUUGCCCCAAUUUUGAUUAAACAGCUUUGGUCCA